UGCCAGGGAGAUUCGCCAUGUCUUGAUGCCCUUGUGUUCCCAUGUUGCGCUCCACCUACUCCAGCUGCUCAGCACACAGGAGCCACGCUGGGAUCUGCCUGCCCUGGCAUUCCUUGUGGAGGUCCUCGAGUGCCUGGAUUUGAGUGAAUGUGGUGACAGCAUCCUUGAGAUCCUGUCAAGGCACCUGCGGAGCAAUUCCAGGGAGAGGCGUCGCCUGGCGCUCAGAGGCCUUGUGGUGCUCAGCAAGGAUCCCUCGCUGGCCAGACCUAUACGCAGCCUGUCUCGAAGCAUUUUGAAGCUGUUGGGUGAUACAGAUGGAGAGGUGAUCGGCAUGUCCCUCUCUGUGUUCAUAAAUAUGUUCCAGAAAAAACACCUCAUGAUAUCCAGCACGGCUGCCCCAAAGCUGGCUGAGCCACUCCUGUCGCUCUUGGAAAACGUAAGGCUCUGUGCCCCCAGCCACGAGCACUGGCUGCUGCCCAGAAACUUUGUGCCUUCUAGAUUUAUGGGACUUUGCCCAGGUGGUCUGGAGAAGUUGCUUCUGAGGUCUUUUCCUCCUCCAUUCCUCCAGGACAACAGCCAUGUGCAGCUGCUUUCCAUUCACCUCUUCUGCACGGUGAUGGACCUGGUAGUGGACGAGGGAAAAAAGGCCCUGGAGAGAAUUGUCAGCCAGAGCCUGCUCCCACUCUUCUUACACUGCCAUGAUGAGAACCAGCACGUGGCCAAGGUGAGGUUUUGUGUGAUGCUGCUGGAUCCCUGGGAGGGGGCUCAGCUGCCUCUGCUCUGGCACCUGCCGAGCUCCUGCCUCCUCCAGGCCUUGGCACAGGGGCGCGGCUCCUGUGCCCUCAACUGCGGGGACAUCUCCACAUCUCUGCUGCUCUCCAGGCCUCUCGGGAAACGCUGCUUUGUGUGGCCGGGUUCCUGAGGAAGACGCAUCUCCAGAGGGUGCUGAAUACAGCGCAGCUGUGGCAGUUCGCCGAGUGCCUGGUAAGGACGGCCUGGAAGCGCCAGGCUGAGGCUGGAGCAGCCCCCUGAGCGCGGCGCUCACCGUGUGCGCUUGGCAGCUGUGGCCCUGCCCAGCGCUGCACGCAGGGGCCGC